GCUGUUUUCCCCUGAGAAUUCCCCUCCCCUCCGCCCGAGAGGUAGAGAGACUCCGAUCAAUCUAAAUCCAACCUUAACCUGCCGGAGCCGGAGAAGAAGAACCCCCGCCGGCCGCCGAUGGCGACACGGUACUGGAUAGUGUCUCUCCCCGUGCAGACUCCCGCCGCCACAGCCAAUUCUCUCUGGGCGCGUCUCCAGGACUCGAUCUCGCGCCACUCCUUCGACACGCCGCUCUACCGGUUCAACGUCCCCGAUCUCCGCGUCGGCACGCUCGACUCGCUCCUCGCCCUCAGCGACGACCUCGUCAAGUCCAACGUCUUCGUUGAGGGGGUCUCGCACAAGAUCCGGAGGCAGAUCGAGGAGCUAGAGCGCGCUGGAGGUGUCGAAAGUGGCGCUCUCACCGUCGACGGCGUCCCCGUCGACACCUACCUUACCAGGUUUGUGUGGGAUGAGGGCAAGUACCCAACGAUGUCGCCGCUCAAGGAGAUUAUUGGCAGCAUCCAAUCCCAAGUUGCCAAGAUUGAGGAUGACAUGAAGGUUCGGGCAGCAGAAUACAACAAUGUAAGGAGCCAGCUUAGUGCAAUCAACAGAAAGCAAAGUGGAAGCUUAGCUGUUCGUGAUCUUUCCAAUCUAGUGAAACCAGAGGAUAUGGUCACAUCAGAACAUCUAGUAACACUUCUUGCAAUUGUUCCUAAGUACUCCCAAAAGGAUUGGUUGUCAAGCUAUGAGUCCCUUGACACAUUUGUGGUACCGAGAUCAUCUAAAAAACUUUAUGAAGACAACGAGUAUGCUCUCUACACGGUAACAUUGUUUGCUAAGGUUGUUGACAAUUUUAAGGUCCGUGCACGUGAGAAAGGUUUCCAGGUUCGUGAUUUUGAGUACAGUCCUGAAGCACAAGAAAGUAGGAAGGAAGAGCUAGACAAGCUUCUUCAAGACCAGGAAGCAAUGAGGGCAUCUCUUCUGCAGUGGUGCUAUGCCAGCUACAGCGAGGUAUUCAGUUCCUGGAUGCACUUCUGUGCUGUGCGUGUCUUUGUAGAGAGCAUUCUUAGAUAUGGUCUUCCCCCAUCAUUCCUGUCUGCUGUUCUAGCACCCUCUCAAAAGGGUGAGAAGAAAGUAAGGAGCAUCCUGGAGGAGCUCUGCGGGAAUGUCCAUAGUAUUUACUGGAAAUCGGAAGAUGAUGUUGGUGUUGCUGGUCUGGGAGGUGAAACCGAGGCUCACCCUUAUGUCUCCUUCACAAUAAAUUUUGUCUGAGCACAGUAUGUUUCCUUGAUACCUGUGGCCAGGCAAUGUUUUGCAAGUAACUACUACUUUGGCAAACUAAACCAACGGAUGGUUCGGUGUAUAUUAUUUUGUGAUACGUCAAUUCUUUCUUGAUUUAUUACCCAGUUUAUAUGGCCCUGUAGUUUGAACCGAUCAAUAAUGUAGCUUUUGGGGAACAUGGACUAUUUCCUGGCACAGUAGGGGAUCUGUUUGGACUUUUAUCCCCGGCAACUACAAUAUUCCAACUGUUGAUUUUAGUUGAUAUCUAUUGGGCCUUAAGAGCAUCAGAGCACCUUGUAAGAUGUUGUGGAUUCGUAAUAAAAAAAAUCAAUAUACAUAAAUAAAUUCAGGUCGCUGAGCCUGAUUGUGAAC